AUGGCAAGUAAAAAAUCGGGUACAAUCAUUCCAAAGGAUCAGGAGCAAAAGGACACUGAUGGAAGGACUCAGAUUAAAGUGGCUGAUCGCCCAACGUUUAUUCUAAAGACCAGGGAGAGUGAAAGUAGAGCUGUUUCACCCAGUCAGAAGAAUGGAUCCAGUAAAAAAGAAGGGGAAACAGUGCAGCCCAGUAUCGCUAAAGCUCCAGAACGUUUAAAUAUUUUUGGAAUUCCUUCUGCAGCCAAAAUAUUACUGCAUCCGUCCCAAGAAAUGACAGGCUGCAUGAAACUCAUUGACGAAAAUAUGCAGCUGUGUGAGGGCGCCCUUGAUUACCUCCAAGAUCAACAGGAUUUUCUUGUUGUGGGAGUGGCAGGUGGUCAAGGAGUUGGAAAAUCAACGAUUAUGUCUCUUCUGACGUCUAAUUAUGGAUCUGACAUCUUUCCAGCUCAAAGCCAGUCUCACCACGAGAGUGGCUCUAACUGCACUACUGGAAUAGACUUUUAUGUGACUAAAAAUCGGGUCAUUUACUUGGACACUCAGCCCAUCCUCUCCUGCGCUGUCAUGGAUGCAACUGCCUCUUCUUUCGAGCAGAAAAAAAAUUCUUCUGAUUUCGGAAACACUGAGUAUAACCUCGAACUCCAGUCCCUUCAGUUUAUGACGUUUUUGUAUUCGGUUUGUCACGUCAUCAUUUUUGUGCAGGAUUGGUUCGUGGAUCCGAAUUUAGUGAGAUUUCUGCAGACUGCGGAGAUGCUGAAGCUGCCGAUGACAUCGAAAUUAGAGCAUGACUACGUUGGAUAUUACCCACCUAUUGUAUUUCUUCAUAAUAAGGCUCAGCUGCACGAUUUUCAACCUAAAACCAUUGAAAUAAUGAAGGAUUUUUAUAAUAAAGCUUUCUCGAGCUCUGGACUUCAUAUUCACAACGGAGUAGACAUGAACCUUUCUACCAUCGAAGGACAGUUGAAUCUUUUCCUGAUUCCGUCCAUUACAUCUGGAGAAAACCCGACGUUCCAUGAGAGCUACAAGGAUUUGAUAAAAAGACUGAGAUCCAAAAUCCAUGGAGUAACCCGUUAUCCCCUGAUGCCAUCAGCAUUAAGCGAGAAGAAUUGGUAUCACUAUGUAUCAAAAGUUAUUGAAGGGCUGAAGAAGAGCCACUUGUCCCUAGAGUACGCAAGAUUAAUGCCUUAGGUCUUCCUGGCGAGUCAGCAGAGGCAAAGGGAAAAAACAGGUACAUUUGUAAUUGUACAGACCUCGUAUUGUUAAAAAUCUAAACUACAAUUUACUGAAAUUCAACCAAAGUUGAAUGUUUUGUUCACGUAUUCGUGGUCAUCACUCAAAUGUGGAAAAGAAAAUUAUCGCGGUCGUUGCAACUGUGAAAUUAUUCCAGGAACAUUCUUGAAAAUUAAACCUCCUCCUUCAAUUGCUAAAGCUUUCUUUGUUAAAUUCUUUUGAUUUCAUCUUUAAGUCUAAAGAUUUUUAUUGAUGGAAAACGAAAAAUGUUUGUGUGACAAAGGGGAAAUGGGAUAAAAUCAUCUGAACUUAUUUUUUCUAAUUGAAAAAAUCCCUAAAAAAUUAUAUUUUAAAAAGGAACAAACAAAAAAUUGAGAAAAAAAUCAGGACCAUCUUUUUAACCCCCAAAUCAUAGAAAAAAAACUCACAUAGACUUCUAAAAGUAUGAGAUGCAGCCAUUUAAAUUUGAUUGACCUCGAAAACCAUUUUAAAAAUCAAGUAAUCUUCAAAAAGCUACUUGACAUUGUUGCCAAAAACAUUUUCAAACUCAGCAGUCACAAUAGCCGUCGAUCAGUCUUUUUUCCACCCAAAAAGGUUUCUCAGUAAACAUAAAUAGUCAGUAAUGAGUCGUCAGUCAUGACGUGCCUUCAGAAGUCACGACGAGUUCCUCUCAAUUCUACGAGUAAUCCUCCUGCUCGCUGUCAGCUUGCUGCAUUGACGCCAUUUGAGCAACUGCCUGCAAUUGCUGCCACUGUUGUUGCUCAGCAACUGCCUGCUCCUCCCUGGCCUUGGCGAACAACUCCUGCUGUUGCCUGAGCAACUCCUCCUCAGGUAUUCCAAGAUUCUCGAGACGAGUGCUCUGUCGUCUUCGUUUAGCUGCAACAGCCUUGCAGUCCCGCAGGACAAUUUCAGCCUCAGCACUGUAGUCACCGAAGCCCAAUUUUUCCAAUGCCUGGAGCACGUGCUCGGCAUUAAUUGUCUUUUUCUGCUGCUGAUUGCAUAUUUCGUUUGCUUCAGAUGAUAUCAAGUGAAUGAAUUCGGUGCAGCAGUUGAGAAUCAACUCGCGAGACUCGUUGGCCACUCGCACGUGGGGAAGAAUUUCCUUUAUCAUCUUGUUGAUGGAGGCACGGGGAAGGGUCAGCUCAUCAUCCUCAGUUGGGGAUAUCGCAGCCGAGGCCAUUGUUUACCUGAUAUGAAUUUAGACAAUUUUCUUCAGGGGAGAAUCUUAAUGAAAAAACGACACCAUCUUGUUUUUUUUGGUUAUUAUAAAUCGUCAGUAAGUUGUUAGUGUUCGAAUAUAUAUAAUUUUAUUGUCAAUUUCAGCUGAUUCAUUCAUUUAUUCUAUUUACUGUGUUUUGGCUAACAAAAUGACAUCCUAAGUUGUUAACAGAAUAAUAAUAAUAAUAAUAAUAGCUAUAUAACAGAGA